AUGCAGAUGCACGACGAUGAAGAUGAUUCCAUGGUGAAUCACGAACAGCAGCACUCGCCUGCCAGCACUGGUGGCGGCUACAAGCGCGCAAGUCGCAGGGGCGCCCCUCGCCGCUUCAGCUGCGACUAUCCAGGCUACAAUCCCAAGGAGAUUUACAAGUGCGACAUCGACGACUGUGACCAGAAGUUUGUGCGCGCCGACUUGCUCGCCCGGCAUAAGAAGCGUCACAACUCUUCAUAUAUCCCCAGAAAUCGCGCCCCCAGCUUCAGCACUCCCGGCGCGACGCCCGUCUUGUCGCCUCCAAGCGGUGGCGAGGCGCGCCCGGCUGCUUUCCCCCACCCAUCUCCCAGUGUCCCCCAUGAUGCUGCUAUCCUCUUAACCCCCGACUCCAGCACUGCCCAGCCGACAUCUACUCUGCCCCAGCCGCCGCCCUCGCGAAUGACACCGGCAGCCAACUGGCAGACUGCGGUGCCAGACAUUGGAGCAGCGAACAUUGUCCGCUCCAAGCAGAACUACUUCGCCCGUGAUGCGCCUCCGUUGCCCGACCAGACUAACGUUCUAUCAUUCCCAAAUGUCCAGUUUCAGGGCGACGAGGUUAUGAACCGCGAUAACUUUGCCGUCUGGCUCUUCGACCCACAAAGCAGCUAUGGCGACUUCAGCGUUGCCAGUCUCCCAUUCCUAGAGGGCGGCUUGGAGUCACCUUUUAACAGCAAUAUUCACUACGACUACGAGUCGCUGACGAGCAGGUCACAGCUUGAAACGCCGCCCAGGGUUGUUGACAAUGAUGAUUUGCUCAGCGAAUUCAAACGUCACGAAAUCUUGCGUUGGUUCCAGGUGUUCAGAUCCAAGCAGCCCAAGUCGGAGGGCCUUAUUGUCAACUUAGUACACGAUAGUGGCGGCGACCUACCCGCCCUGAAUUUGGAGAUGAUGAGAGACUGUUUACACGAAUAUUGGGAGCAUGUCUCUCCCCGUGUUCCCAUUGUACACCAGCCCACCUUCUCCUGCAACCGAUGUCCCGUCUUUCUGGUCAUGGUUAUGAUUGCAUUAGGUGCAGCAUCCUUACGUAGUAGAGACGUUAGCGGAAACCUGUCUGACUAUGGAUCAUUUGCCGAUGUAAUCAUAUCCUCCAUACGAUGGGAGAUAUUGACAGCUGAAGAAGCCGCGCCGCCCGUAGGCUUGUGGGUGGCACAGGCGCUGCUACUCCUCGAAUUCUAUGAGAAGCUAUACUCGUCCCGCAAGCUACAUGAGCGCGCUCAUAUCUACCACUCCGCUACUCUGACACUGCUCCGUCGCGGCAGCCCUCUCAUCGGCCGAUCCGGGAGUGAAUCUCCGCCUGAGGAGGGCACGGCAGGUGCAGGGGAGCAAGGUCAGGGCGUUCCGCUCGAUUCCAGAACAUGGUGGAUUCGCUGGGCUGAAACAGAAGCAAUGCAUCGCGUCGUCUUUGUCGCGUUCAUGCUUGACGUUAUCCAUGCCGCAAUGUUCGGACACGAGGCUCAUAUGGCACCGCACGAGAUACGUCUGCCUCUACCGUGUGACGAUAAUCUGUGGGCAGCGUCAUCACCAGAUGUUGUUCGACAAUUAGACGCAAACCUCCGUAUGUACGGAGUGAAGCCGAUCUCAUUCCUCGAUGGCCUCAAGCGGGCGCUACACGUGCACAAGGCUCUAUGGAUUCAAUGUCCGAAGGCGCCGGCCAGAGGGCAGGGUCGACAAAUGGGCCAAUUCAAAGCGCCGCAUUAUUGUAUCAUCUAG